CUUGUAGACUGCAUUCAUUGGCCUUGUUUUCAUGUUUGCAACAUCAUGGAAACUAACAUUGCUGGCUUUGGCUGUUGUUCCUGUAAUUUCUGUUGCCGUUCGCCAAUUUGGUCGCUUUGUUCGUGAACUUUCUCACAAGACUCAAGCUGCAGUUGCAGCAGCCUCUUCAAUUGCUGAGGAAUCAUUAGGAGCAAUUCGGACAGUGAGAUCUUUUGCGCAAGAAGAGUAUGAGAUAUCUUGUUACUCUCUGAAAGUAGAAGAGACAGUGGAUCUUGGACUUAAACAAGCAGUGAGUUCCCUAGUGUUAUUCAAUCCCUCUUUUUUCCCCUCCUCCCCUGACCGAUGCGGCAAAUAAUCUCAUCUCUGAUUGCAACAGA